AUGCUUCUGGCCAAGUCGAGAUCGCUGUUGCGUGCAAACCGAUAUGUUCUGGUGUGUGUUGCGUCUAUCCUGUUCGUUACCGUGAACUUCCUUUUUGUGAUGAGGACUUAUACUUUGGAUGAGGAGUUCAUUGAGCUUGACGUGUUGAAUGACAGUGAUCUCAGCUUCAAGGAAAGAUACCUGAAGACUCUGAAAGACCCCCAGACAAACUUGGUGUCAUACUCUGACUCCUCCAUGGUGUAUGACAAGCUGAGGAUUCUUGACUUUGUGGACACUCUCAUUAACGAGCCAAUUAACGAGUUCUCAAUCUCGUUGACUAGGGAUCCGUAUGAGCUGAUUUUGAAGUCCGAAACAGAUUUUAUUGGUCUGCAACCGGCUGAAAAGGCCCAGUUUUACACCAACAUCGUCCGCGAUUGCAAGUGGAGGUUCCGUCCGAUUCAGGAAAAAAUCUACCGGGAUCAGUAUGAUCACCAACGGUAUUUGGACAUCCGCAUAGCAAAAUGGAGCAAGAUAAAGGAAAUUAUUAGUGAGGCGGAUUACAAAGCUCUAGGUUUGGAUGAGAAGGACUUUGAAACUGCCAUUUUGAACAAUAAGAAGCUCAAGAUUGAGCAUAAUAAGAAGUCCAUUGACGAAAUUCAAAACAGUUUGAAACAUUUGCGGUUGUUCAACAAUAUCUACCUAGAUGGUGAUGAGAGCGAUUCGCUUGAUGAACAGUGUUCGCAGAUGACUGACGUCCAGUUUCCUUGGAUGUCGGGCAUCCUUCCUGCUGCUUCCAGAUGGGAUAAGAAAUCAUCUCAUUUAGUGGAUCUAUAUCCCGUGGACAGAAAGUGUAUUGUCAAGAAGAUUCGUGCCAAUUUAAAGGGACGCGGAAUUGUUAUUUCGACUAAUGACAGGCUCGUGAACGAGCUUAGUGGUCUCAUCGCUUUGCUCAGAGUGUUGGGAAAUGAAUAUCCAAUCCAGAUUUUCCAUUCCGACGAUUUGUCAGUCCAAUCUCAGAAACAAUUGAACAAAAUAGCGACGGACACCGUGAUCAACCUGCCCAAAUCUUAUAGUACUGUUAAGGGCAAGUUCAACUCCAAGAUCCCCAAGCAAGACAUCACCUUUGUGGAUGUUUCACGCGUGGUGGACAUCAGAUAUAAAGAAUACUUCAAGCAUUGGUCAAACAAGCUUUUGGCGUACCAAUUCAAUACUUUUGAAGAGAUGAUGAUGCUGGACACGGACACAGUGCCGUUGCUUCCUCCUGAAGACUAUUUCAAGAUGAAGAACUACAAAUCGGCGGGUGCCUCUUUCUUCAGAGACCGUGAAGCAAACAACUUUUUGUUCCCGGAGGUUGUUGACUUCUUCAAGCAGUUUUUGACUACCGAUAAAGACUUUGAGGUGUUGCAAUUGCCCUUGCCAACUGAAGCUUUGACUCGAAACAGAUUCUUCCACGAUCGCGCGCGCCAUUUUAUGGAGGCCGGGCUUUUCUGUAUCAACAGACGCCAGCAUUUCAAUGGAAUACUCGGAUCUCUUCAACUGAAUUUCUUUUCUUUCGUCAUGGAGACAGUUCAUGGCGAGAAGGAGCUCAUUUGGAUGGGUCCCCAGUUCAUGGGAGACAACAACUAUCUGUUCAAUCUCAAUCCCGCGGUAGCCGUUGGAGAACUGACCUCAGAUGAGUUCCUUGAAUCCAAGAAGAGUCAAGAAUUGUGCUCCACUCAUCCGGGACAUCUCUCUGACGAGGAUUCGAAGACGGUUGUCUGGUUCAAUUCCGGUUUCAGCACGUGCAAGAAGCCAGAGGCUUACUUCAAAGAUAUCCAUUUCGAAAGAAACUCGAAACUGCAGUUGAAAGAAUUGAAGAACAACUACAUUGCUCCUUUGAAGGUGAAAGCGGUUAUCAAGCCACCACCUGGAGAAUACGAGGUUCCAAACUUGGAAGACCACUACGAGCCCAGUCGUGGCUGGAUCAUGACCACACAGUGUGAGAAUUACAUGUGGUGUGCCUAUGACCAUCUUGGAGGAGGUACAAUGGACGACGAUGUUCCACGUGGUGUUGUCCACGAGUACACAGCAGAACAGACCCAGCUUUGGGGAUUUUAUGGUGAGGUUUGGGUGGAUUACUUCAAUCUAGGAUCCACCAUGGACGAGGACUUCUACCUGGAUGAAGACGAUUAUGAUGAAGUCAGUGGAGGUAACAGACUUCUUUCCAGUGAAGGAGGCUCUGUUGGGCUGCCCAAGGGUGUCAAUCCCCAAAUCAACCCUAAACCUGUUAAUCCGCAUACCAAGAACGGGAAGAGCAAGGGCCUUGUCUCUAGUGAUAGUCUGGUGAAAGAUCCGAAGUCUGCUUCUGAUGGUGAUGCUACCCGUUCCGAUGAUGGUGAUGAUGACGAGCUGACGGCGUUGACAAAUAAGAUUAAAGACAAAAUGGAGUCCAACGUGGAGUCCAGCGCAGAGUCCGAAGAGCUGGUAGAAGACACCGAGGAAGGCCCCUUGAAAAAGGCAAAGGCAAAGGCAAAGACUGGAGGCAAAACAGAAGGCAAGACUGAAGAAGGGGGAAAGGUGAGUGAUACUGAGGCUCAAAAGAAGCCAAAAGAUCCAAGUAAAAACGUCGAAGAUCUAUCUGGCUUCACUGAAGACUCACCUGAAGAAGUCAAUGAAAAGAUGGUGAAAGAGGUGCUAGGUGAGGCUCCCAAGGAAGCUUAG